ACCCAGUUUCGUUGUUGACCGUCAAGACAAGGAAUUUUUUCCUGUCUCCACUUUACAGUCUCCGCAAUUCCUUCCCAGUCGCCUCGCCUCUCCCUAUUGCAGCAUCGCCGCUCUCCUUCAAGCACUUCUCGCCUCUUGGACAGCCUGUCGCAGCUCCGUCUCUCCCUAUCUGCAGCUGUUAAGACCUCGUUUCUGCCAUCUCUUAGCCUCGCCUCGCCUCGCCUCGCUGACAGUUUAACCUCUACUCUCCGGUGUUCUCCUUCCGGCUCUAGGCAGUUGGGCCGAGAAAGAUAGAAAAAUAAAUGGACAAGAAGGUAGAAAAUCAAACUCAGCUUCACAAGAAGCAAGUCCAUCUCUUUUACUGCGCAGAAUGUGAAGACCUUGCCCGUAAAGUCGCUGCUCACUCGGACCUCAUCACUCUCCAAUCCAUCAACUGGAGGAAUUUUGAUGAUGGGUUCCCAAACCUUUAUAUAAACAAUGCACAGGAAAUGCGAGGUCAACAUGUUGCCUUCCUUGCAGCCUUUAGUUCCCCAGGAGUCAUCUUUGAACAACUUUCUGUCAUAUAUGCACUUCCUAGGCUGUUUGUUGCUUCAUUCACGCUAGUUUUGCCAUUCUUUCCAACUGGCUCCUUUGAGCGAAUGGAAGAAGAGGGAGAUGUUGCAACUGCAUUUACCAUGGCAAGGAUACUUUCAAAUAUUCCCAUAUCAAGGGGUGGUCCCACUAGUUUAGUCAUUUAUGACAUACAUGCUCUACAGGAAAGAUUUUAUUUUGGGGACCAUGUCUUGCCUUUGUUUGAGACUGGGAUCCCUCUGCUAAAGCAACGUCUUCACCAGCUUCCUGACUCUGAUAAGAUUGUUGUUGCAUUUCCAGAUGAUGGAGCUUGGAAACGAUUCCACAAGCUGUUGGACCAUUUUCCCAUGGUGGUGUGCACAAAGGUUCGUGAAGGUGAUAAGAGGAUAGUUCGACUAAAGGAGGGGAAUCCUGCUGGUUGUCAUGUAGUUAUUGUUGACGAUUUGGUGCAAUCUGGAGGCACCCUUAUUGAGUGUCAGAAAGUAUUGGUGGCUAAUGGUGCAACAAAAGUGAGUGCAUAUGUCACCCAUGGUGUGUUUCCUAAGCGCUCUUGGGAGCGUUUUACUCAUAAAAGUGAUGGCUCGGGAAGUGCUUUUGCCUAUUUUUGGAUCACAGAUUCAUGCCCUCUUACCGUCAAAGCCAUAGCAAAUAAACGUCCAUUUGAAGUUUUGAGUCUUGCUGGAUCUAUUGCAGAUGCUCUGAAAAUAUGAGCAAGGUACUUGUCUGGGUUUUCAUGUGGUGGGAUGUUAAUGCAUACCUGUUAUAAAUAAAAGCGGAUAUGACCCCUCCGCAUCUCCUUGUUUUUCUCAUAACCCCUUUGAUGAUUCUGGUGAUUUUUCUAUAAAAAGAGAAUUCUCCAAUACUCUUCUCAACUGGUGUUUCAUGAAGAUUAACGGUAAUCCUCUUAAAAGAGUAUUAAUAAUAUAUCUGUUUUGAUACGGUA